CGAAAAUACAAAUUUUGUAGUGCUGUCAAGUUCACUGCCCCUGAAAAGUUGGGAUUACAAGCGUUGACCAUGAUUUGACUGGUGCAGUUUGCAUUUUACAUGUGGCUGGAAGAAUAAGACAUCCUUUGUUUCAUCGUUGAUUGCAAGAAUCCAAGAUGCCUCGCCCCGACAAUAUGAAGCGCUUGAGUAUGACACUCCAGGAGAAGUGUCUUCAGGAGAGGGAGAAGCUGAGGGUCAAAAUCAUGAAGGCCCUGAAAGCUGAUAUGUGGAGGUUGUACACCCAUGCCACUGAUACCAACCUCACCGUGAAACCAAGGGAGGGUCAAUUUUCAGUCCACCGUCAAAUAAUCAAGCAACGCAUGCCACUUUUAUUACAAGAUCUUACUGGUGAUGAUUCGGUGAUAAACCUACCUCAAGUCAGCCUGGAGGACGCCAAGGAACUCUUCAGGUUAAUUUAUAUGACAGAUGACCUCAGUCUUGCUACGGAAAUGGCACAAGGUUACCUCAAUAGGACAGCAGAGGGCAGCACUACAGAACCAGCACCAGCGGUAAACGACAAUAACAUAAACUUUGCACAACCAGACCUAGUACAAGGACUAAGCCACAGCACUUUAACCAACUCGUCGGAAGAGCUACGAGACGUAACCAGUCCAUCAAGUGAGACACCUGUUGGCAGCCUCUGUAGUUUUCCACCAACCCCUGUAGAUGAAAAUCUACCAAGUUUCGCGGAUGUCCCAGCCUACCUUAUUGGUUCAGUUGAUGUUCCAUAUCUCCCUGCGUCUGGCCUCGGUUUGGAUUUGCUUCGGUUGUUUCUCCAUUCUUCUGAUGGCGAUGUGGCGUUCAAGGUUGGAGACGAGGAGUUCAGAGGUCAUCAAUUUCUACUGACUACUCGUUGUAACUAUUUUGAGAUGAUGUUGGGUGGAGCCUGGGUGGAGAGCAGCGCCCAGAGUGUCAAACUGGAUGGUGUGAGUGCUGCUGCGUUCCAACAGGCACUUCUCUACUUGUACGGCGGAGUCAUAGAUAUCGACACUGACUGCCAUGUUCAAGAUUUACUCAUCCUCGCUGACAUGUAUGGGAUGGACGGUCUCAAGGACGUUGUUAUCUUUGAGAUCAAGAAGAACUAUUGCCACUUUUUCCACAAGCCAUGUCCAGAAUGCAUCACAAAAGUAGCAGACGCCCUUUGUUUAUCUUUCUCUCACGGAAUGGAGGAUCUCUUACACAAAAUAUUGAGAUGGUGUGACAAGUAUUUCGUAAAAAUGUGGCCAACAAAACAAUUUGCAAGUUUGCCGACUGAGAUUUUGGAGAAGUGCUGUGAUACAGUGUCAGCUGACCUGACCAAAGACUCGGUGAUUGAUGUCAUCUUCGACUGUGAUAAACUCAAAGGCAGCAUCCCGCAGGUGAAGUGGGCCGAGCCAAUAAACAAACUUGCAGCGAGGCUGAUGGGGGCGUGUAUCAUCUACCUGCAGAAUAACUUGUUUGAAGUAUUGGAGAGCCGCACUUUUAGUGAUUUAGGAAGGAACAUGGCUUGGAGUUUAAACUUCUUGGAAGAAGUGAUCACAACCACAGUCAAGCAGAUGCCUCAUUCCGUCUCCUGUAAGACAUUUAUGUCUGCUUUUCGACUCUGCCAACAUGCGGAUAGUGAAGAGUGUGGCUGGAAUGAUGAUUUUAAAGUAUUCGUUCGGACGCUCACAGAAAAAUGUCGUCAGAAUCUGAGAAAUAAUAUCUCAUAUUUAGAGUUUACGCCAGAGUUUGAAAAACUUCCAGCUGCUGAACAAAAGACAAUCAAAGAAGCGAGUACAAGAUAUGUCAUAAAACACUUGCCCAGACAGCCGUCAUACUUGUCCCCUGGUGCUUCCUUUGUGAAUGUUGGUGACAGCAAGGUCAAGCGAACACCUCCCAAACUUUCCAGUGACAAUAAGAAAUUCACUGGAAAAAAACAUGGCGGCAUCCCGUUCACAUUACCCAAGGGUGUACCGCCUAAAACCAAGCUGAAGAUGGUAGCACCUCCUGCAGCAAAGUGGAAUGCAUCUGUGAGUUCCGACGCUUCAACAAAGCCAACUACAGGUGGGGCAAGGAGUAAAGGGAAUGCUGCUGGAGCCAGCGGUGGACCUGAUCAGAAAAAGAUUGCACUUCCGACCACUCGACCCAGUCUUCCGGGCACAUCCGACAAGGAUUCAAAAUCGAGCAAGGCCAAUCAAAAACAUGCCGCAUUACCAGGUCCUAGUAAGCCUAGAGCCACAUCUGUUGCGGUUAGCCUGAAUCGGAGUGAGAUUGUUGGCCCAAGUCGGGCAGCAUCGGCCAAAUCUCAUGCAAAUCAGAGUUUUGAUUUGGGUGUAAAAAGAUUGGAUCAAUCGGUUGAUAAGGGUCCGUCUGCUGCUACAAAUACAAAAUCGGCUUCUAAAAUGAACCAGUCUUCUUCUAAGGGCCCUGGGUCUGCUUCUGCCAGUACAUCAGGGGCUAUGAAAAAAACUUUGAAACCACCGAAAAAGGACUCUGGGAAUAGUGCAUCCGGUGCGAGAAAAAGCGCAUCACCGAGUAGUGACUCUGGGGUCAGUAGUGUGAGCUCUACAGCAGAAGCUAGACCAAGACCCAAGGGUCAGACAAGGAGGUCUUUAGGACCUGUGCCUCCUCCCAAGAAACCUGACCCAUGCCUCAACGUUACAAUAACAAUGCCAGUUGACCCUCUUGCUCAUUCGACGCCGAUGGCCAAACCGUCGAAGUUGAGGCAGCCGCAGGUUCACUCACCGACCAAGGAUAAAUGUGGUGGCGGCCUCUUCAGGGCUCCAUUAAAUCCCGGCCCAAGAAAGUCAGCUGUUGGUAGUCGAGUUCUUAAUAAGCCAAUAGGGAGCACUGUUGGUAAAAGUGCAGCAAAACAGGACAUGAAGAAACCGCCAAAUAUGUCUGUUGAUGUGGACAGUAAUACACAAAAAAGUCGCCUUCCAGUUCGCAGUCCCAUCAAAAAAACGUUCAGCGCAAGUACCCCACAACUGUCGCCUGCAAAGUCACUGCCAGGUUCAAGAUAUAGUAGACUUGCCCGUAGCUAUGUUCGUCUCAACGAGUCAUGUGUCCCACUGCCUUAUCGCCAUUCGAGUGCAUCUGGACGUCUUUCAUUUUCAAGCAGGUCACCCCGACGUGGGAAGUCAGCGAGUCCUGAAAAGCCGCAGAAUUUCUGUUCUCUCUGUCGGGAGACUAUAAAGGGUGAUUAUGAAGAUGUGAAAUUGCCAGAAUCGCGGAAUGUGGAAUUUGAGGUUUUGCCAAAGGAGUUUCUCGAGGUCAAAUUCGUGAAGCCUUGAGUCCCUUUGUUUUCUGAAAGAUACCGAAAGAUCAACCUUUUUGCUGCCGUGCUUAUUUUGACCCAGGGUAACAAUAUUGUCCUGGAGAAUCAGUUUCCCAACUUGUCGAGCAAGAGAUUUGGGGUGUCUACAUGUGCAUCUGUUUAACAUUUCAUUGUCGACAAGUUGGAAAGCUGAUUCUUAUUUCGGUGGAAAACCAAUUCUCCAAGUGUGUAUUUGAAAAUUGUCUGUUAGAUAUUGUUGGUGCUCUUGACUGUACCUUCCUUUAGAGUGAUAUUGUUUGAAAUUGUUUAAAAGCUGAAUUGUGAUUGGUUGUGGUGGUGAUGUUACACUUGAUGCCAUUGGUCACAUUAUUUUCUUGGUGAUUUUUUACUUGAGAGUGCGGUCAAGUGCUUGCUUUGCUCAUGUAACAUAGCUACACUUAAAAAGAUGCUUUAUCCAGAAAAAAAGCGCCAAUGAAUAUGAUUUAAAUUUGUAUUUCAACUUGUUACCUUUUAUACAAGAUUUGUAUUGCUAGUAUCUAUUGUAAUAUAUCUUUAGGCCAUUGUGCUCACUCAGACAUUUAUUGUGCCCGUCCCUCACCGUUUCCCUUCCACAACGUGUUUCUGCUCAGUUGAAUACUCAGUAGACUAGUAGUGUUUUUGAACGGGAAUAAGAAACUAAUGGAACAUCUAUUUUGCAAGGUCAUUGCGACUUUUCUUAAUAUCGCCCUGUCGCUUGUCACUGUCAGCAAAGCAAAUUCUUUUCAAGGUCAAAUAUAAAUACAAGAUGACCUGGCAAACUACAUGUAUAUGAAGAGAUGUUUGCUCUGUUUUCAAAUUCCGUCUCGAGUUCUUUGUACAAAUGUUUCUAUUGUAAUCAGUAUGUAUUGCAUUAUAUCCUGUAUUCAAUAGAGGAGAUCGGGUGUAUUUCAAGAACAGAUGGUUGAGUGCCUUGUCUGCCCAUGGGUGAUAUGAAUAAAGACUAGCAAAUGCUUUUAUCUAAAUCUCCAUGUACAUUUACACUAGGCCUUCCUGUACAAAACCGGAGUAAAAGCAUUUGCUAGUCUUUAUUCAUAUCACCCAUUGUAUGUAAAUCCUUUCUCGUCGGACAACUAUUACAGACACUGCAUUUGGCCCUAAAAUGGUUCUAUCCAUUCAAUAAGACUUCUGCAAUUAAGACACCUCUUGAUUAAGGACAGCAUUUAUCAGUUCCAUGCGUCUCCUUUAUAGAGAGUUCCUUCAGUAUGUUUUAACUGUCUGCAACAUCUGUUUUGGAAAUGUCUUUUAUGUGAUCACUAUUCAUGGCUUGUAAUACUCAUUUAGCAUUAGAAGACAUCUUGCCACGUCACAUGUAUUAUUGCCAAAUAUUUCAUUGGGAAUAACGUCUUGAUGUUAAUGGCAAAAGACACUUAGCAUAAUAGCAAUAUGUCUUCUGAUGUUCCCAUAAAAUUAUCUGAUUAUGUACAGUUGUUUCAAAAAUAAUCGUGAGGUAACAAUCCUGGGAGGGGGAGGUACUCAGACUUCCUACCGAGCGACAUGACUCUCUAUGGAAUAGUUUCUGUUGGGAAGGGGAUUUAGUUUCUCCUGCGUAGAACCAGAGAAGAGCCUGGAUUCAUUUCUUGUUUGAUGUUUAUUUGUUAGUUUUGUAUCCACCUGGAUUGACUGUUGUUAAUCUUUGAGCUUUGAGCAUGACACGUUAUAAUUCUGUUUAGCAAACCUAUAUUGUUAUUCUGUUCAGCCAGCCUAUAUUGUUAUCUGCAAUUCAAAUAAAC